AUGAUUGUGACGCAACCACAUGUGAACAAUAUGAUUGGAGGACACAACAUCAUUGUGGAGAUCGACGAAUCGAAGAUGGCCCGAAGAAAGUACAAUCGCGGGAGGAGAGUAAAAGGAAGCUGGGUCCUCGGAAUGGUGGAGAGAACAGCUGAAAGAAGAAUGGUGCUGAUUGUGGUUGACUCUCGUGACAAGAAAACCCUUGAACACGCUAUCAAGAUGUUUGUACAUCCCGGUUCAACCAUUCACACUGACAUGUGGAAAGGAUACAUUGGUCUGGAACGAAUUGGGUAUACCCACAAGACCCUGUGCCAUAAGUAUGAGUUCGUCGCGGAGGACGGAACACACACCCAGACGGUGGAGGGCAACUGGACUCCUCUCAAGAAAGCAAUCCCAGUUCAGUGCAGGGAAGGAGCAGACUUGCAGGACUAUCUGUUCGAGUACAUGUGGCGGAGGAAGAACCUAGGUGUACAGUGGGAAGCCAUGUGGCAGGGCCUGGCCCGUGUGAGGUUGACGAGACGAGAGCUGAAGGAUAUCCUUAGGGAACGCGAGAGCACGUGUGAGGACGACGACAAAGAUUACUGCCCAGUCCUGGACUCCAGGCUGGACAACGAGGAAGAUGAGGAAGGGGACACGCAGUGGGGGGACUUUGGAGAUGAGACUUUCACGCCAGACACGGACGAAGAGGGAGAGCAAGCUGGCAACGAAACGAGCGACGACGAUGUGGAGCAAAUGACUGAAACCAUAGCCUACGAAGUGAUCAGUGAGCUGAUGGCAGGCGGGGCCAUUGACCGUUCUAUCUUCUUUGACGAGAAUGGCAACCAAUUCGCGGUGAUUUGA